UUCAAGUAUAAAAGCAAAAAAUUCGUUGUCGUACUGCAUCAGUUUGAAAAAAAGACAGUGAAACAUGAAAUACACGCUUUUGUUGCUAUCUAUAUUCAUCUGUGCACAUAUUGUGUACGCAGGCGUAUACUCAGACGCAGGCACAGAAUUAAAAAAGGACGUUGGUUUAAAGGACGAAGCAUCUUAUAAGUCAAAGAGUUUAAAUGAUAUUAAAGAAGAACGUGAUUCAGAAUCAAAAAGUCAACGUUUGAAGAUUCGUGAAGAAAAACGCGAAGAGAUCUUAAAAGAGGAAGAAAGAUCCAAGAGUCUGAAUCUGGUCGUGGUCAGGAAAAAGAUUACCAAACUUUCAUCAUGGCUCAAAGAAGAGAAAGAUAUCAGUCCUCUUUUAGAAGAAAAAAGUGGUAAAGGUCUGUUGGGUUUGGAAGAUGUUACGGACAAGUUAAAUAUCGCUCUUAAAUCGUUGAAGGAGGGCAAAAAGCUUGAUACUUGGCAAUUCGAGAAAGGCAGCGAAGACAUUCGUUCCUUGGAAGAACUUGAUACGAGUGUCGUUGAACUUUUAAAAUUAAUAAAGGAAAGAAAAACUGACCGUGAUGCUAUAGAUUUAGAGAAGAAUGGUAAGGUACUUGUAGAUUUGGAAAGAGUCUCAAAAAGCAUACUUAAAACUUGUGGAUCACGAAAGAAGACUGUGAAAGUUGAGGAUGAUAAAGACGUAAAACAGAAUAAAGGAUUAGGUUGGAAAAAAAAUCCAAUUGAUCUAGAUUCGAAGAAAGGUUUAGAUAAAGAUAAAGUUGGUGGCUUAUUUGGCGGCUUAAGUGGCCUCUUAAAUGGUUUAACGUCAGAAAAAGGUCUUCUAGGACUUUUGAAUACGGAUCAAAUUGAGUCGUUGAUUCCUUUAAUCAGUGAGAUAAAAAAGAAGGAUAUAGAUCUUAAUCUCUUGGAUUCUGAUGAUUAUAACGGAGAAAAUUUAGACUUGAAUAUUCUCACAAGUUCUGUCCCAAAAGCUAUUGAAUUAUUAAAAGGAGGAGUCGAUAUUCGAACUAUUUUGAAUGCGAAAAAUGGAGAAGAAUUCGAUUUGAACGGCAAAGAAUUGAAAAAUGUCAAAGGGAUAUUUGGUUUGAUUGGAGGUUUGAAACGCUCAUUAGGAUUAGAAAAUAUAUUGAACUUAUCGCUUAAAGAUAUACCUCUGCUUAAGUUAUAAGAUAAAAACAGCAGAUCUAUU